AACUUCAACCCUCCUUUUAAGAAAUAAAUCAAUGUAUUAUUAUUAUUAUUAUAAACUUGUGGGGUAUAAGUUUCAAUAUUCAUGAUAGGCCGGCAGCAAUUUGACACGGUAUAGAGUAAAAUAUUUAUUUCAAGACAUGGUUUAGAUUCUAGAAAUAUCCCAAGAAAGAGAAGACAUCUCCUUCCAACUCGCCUAUUCAUCUGUUCGAAAACUAUCUGUCUCUAUUAUUAUAAGUAUUAGAUCACCACUUUAACUCGCAGGAGGAAGAAAUCAGAACGCGAAGGUUUGAAGAAAAUUUCGAGAAAAAAAAAACAGAGAAUUUGAAUUUCAUGAAUCCAUCACAAGGAGAUUGAUUUCUGUACUGCUUUCAAUCUACUGAUUGGCUAAGAUGGGCUGCGGUUCUUCCAAAAGCUUAGCGAAGUCGGUAAGCACCAGAGAAGAAUUCAUUGCACCUUUACAGAAGAAAACAAGCGGGUAUGAAGAAAUACUAGUCUCCAAGAACGCAACAGAUCACCAAUUUAUAACUCUCCUCUGCACUCCCAGCACUCUAGCCAAACAGCUCAAAGAACAGGAAUCCCCAAAACAAUCCUCUCCCAUCAGAAAUAAUAAUGCAACACAGACAGAAAGCUUUAAUUCUCCGUACCCUGUAAUCGAAGCCGAGGAAUCUGAAAAUAACAUAGAGACAAUCAAUUCAUGGGAGUUGCUGGCUGGUCUAGAAGAUGAAGAUGAAGUAGAAACAGGAUCUUCAAAGAGCUUGAACACAAUCAAACAGUGUUCUGAAAGUUCAAGGUGUGAUGUCGACAAACAAGACGAAACCCUAGCCGCGAAACAAGAAGGCGAAGGCGAUAAGGGAGUGAGGAGGAAGUUCAUGGCCGCCGAGCUUGCGGCAUUGAAAGUGCCUGCGAUGGGGUUUGCGAGAACAGGGAGCUUGAGAGACUGGCUGACGCAGGGAGGGCAAGCGACGUCUAAUGGAUCGCAUGUGAGGACUAAGCAUGGAAGUUCUGAGCAUCCGGGAGGAAAAAGAAGUGGUGAUGGUUGUGAGGAGAAUGCGUUUCAUCCAGAUCUGGUUGCUCAGCUUGAGCAAGCAAUGGAAGAUCUGACAAUGGAGGAGGAGGAGAUUUUGAGCCAGAUUGUGGAGAAAUGGGAGGGCCUGAGAGUCCUGUAA